AGUAUAAUAAUGGCGAUGGAUGGCGAUAUAUGAUGGAGAUAAGGAAAAUUUUAAAAGAUGGCGGACGGUGAAGUGGAAGAACUCCAAGAAAGUUUAUCACAAUUUCGUACAGAGGAACCAAAUACCCACCUUAUCUUGGUAGCUACUCAGAAAUGCGUUAGUAAUGGCAAAUGGACGCGGCUUUUGGAAUGCUUAACUCGAACUGAGCAUAAGGAUGCUCUUGAAUUUGUUGGUUGGGAACUAAUUGGAGUGGUAUCUCGAGCUAUUGUUGAUGACUAUGAAUCAGAUGCCAUUGAAGAAGGCAAGAAAACUCUUCAUGUUAUCGCUGAGAGAUGCAGUGCAAAGGAAGUUUGCAUUGGAGUGUUGGAACAGCUUGACUCUGAGACAGAUUGCCAUUUUAACAAGUUUGUUACUCUACUGGAUACCCUUGAGACAGCAAUACAUAGGCUGCAAGAGAAGAAGUCAAAGUAUGUUGGUAUGGCCCUGCCAUGUGUUACAAGAUACAUUAAAGGUAUUCAACUCUCAGACGAACUGAAAAAGGGGAAGGAGUCUGGCAGUAAAUGCCUGAAAAUGCCAUUCAUUAUGAAACAUGUACUGGACUUUCUUAGACCACUAGCCCAAGAAGUCAGCUUACACUCUUCCUCUGCUGAAAUGUCCUCCUCAAGUUCUUGCAUCAGCCAAUUAGGACCAGAGAUUAUUAAAUGUUUGAUCCACCUUCUGAACUAUCCGUUGGUUUUUGUGGAUUUAACAAAACAUUCUAAAGAAAAAAGCAACUCUGAUGGUGACAAUAAUGAAUCUAUUUCUGGAGAGAGCUGUUUUUCAAUUGUAAUGGAAUACAGAUCAAUUGCACUGGAAAUAAUGCAAUUCAUUCACAUGGCCAAUGGAUUGUAUCAGUACCUCAUGGAAUACACUUCUAAAACAUACUGUAACAAAAACGUUCAAGAAAAAUCAAACAAGACUUCAGAUAACGAUGUUUCUGCAGAAGAAGAUUGUGACAAUGAGGAGGAGCAAGAAAUUAGCCAUUAUCCAGUGUUAGGUCUUGGCUGUUUUGUUUAUUUACUUCUUGUGGAAAAGAUGGAGGACACAAAUAUCCCUGCAGUUUUUAGCUUCAAAUAUUUACUAAAAGUCAACAUCAAAAGCAUCUUCUUCCUUCUUAACAGAACUGAACAUGGUGUCAUUUACAAGGGUUUGGAAUUGCUGGACACAUUGUCAAAAAGACUCAGAGACAAAAGUUUGGUGUAUAACCACGAUGAGUUCAAAGAUUUAAUGAACAUUGUUAAGCACUGUUCUUCAAGAUUGCUCUCAUCCUGGAGUGGCAGGCCUUUUGAUUUAUCUCUUAAAGGAGCAAGUUGACCAAGCUCUAAGUACAUCAGAUGAUGAACUGUGGUUCCAAGGCAGCCGUCUUAUGUCAAUUCUACAGUUAGUUUUUAAGCCUCCCCCAGGAGCUGGUACCGACAAGGACCUAGUACAGGAAACAGAUAGAGUCAUGGCAGUCCUCAACUGCUUAAGAUUUGUUCUUCUUAGAGAUGAGAACGACAAGACCACAGUAUGGAAAAACUUCACAACAAUCGAAAAGGAUUUUACGGAGCCCUUAAGACAGGCGUCGAAAGUGACCAGAUUGCAAUUCCAAGCACAACUGACAAAGAAACGGGAGGAAAUGGCAGGAAAUAAAAGUAAAAGUAAGAAGCAGAGCACGGAAUUCAGUGUUAAAAGUCCUGAUGGAAAAGCACUGGAGCUAAUGCCGCUCGCAGACCAGUGUGAGGCUUUACAAUCAGGCUUGUACUCUCUGGAUAUGAUGGACAGUGUACUUGCUCGGAUAACAGAGAUAGCUAAUAGCAGAAGCAAAGGAGAAAAGUGGGUCGAUUUAAAGCACUCGGCUUUUGGCCUGCGUCCUCUGGUUCUAAACAGGAAUUUGGUUUUGAUGGAAAGUAAAGACAACAAAGGUUGCAAGUUGGGUACUUUAGAAACCAGGAUAAGACGAGCAAAGAAUGCACUUGCGGCCACUUAUAACACUGAUGACAGUGCUAAGUUAUCAAAUUGUCAUCUUGCGUGGUUGCAACAGGCAUGUCACGUGUUUGAAGUUCUGACCUGAAUGUGGAUUUUAAAAGGAUGGUAAAGCACUCUGAAACACGUGCAUGAUAAUGAACAACCACAGUAUUGUGAAU